CGACGUUGGCGAUAGUAAGACAGCAGUCAACAAUGCCAGGAUACUAUCAUGUUGGAUGCUGGGGCCUUGCAGCUCGGUUCGAUUACUGAUGUACCAUGGACGCAAGCGGUUUGCGUGUUUAAUCUCUGAGUUAUUAAAUGCGUUGCGGUUGGACCGUGUAAAGUGAAUCAGAAGACCGAGGCUCAAAUCUUCAAUUCCACAUGAUGAGGUCUAAUGUGCGGACUUCGAGCAGUUGUGUUUUGAUUCUCUCUGCGCAGAUUAAGCGAGAUACUUGAUGCGGGAGUGAUGAUAAAUAAUAUAAAGUUCCGUAGAGUUUGAAUUCUACCAACGAAGCGUUAGCAAGAAAUUUGCCAUUGACUCUAGCGUCUCCACGUAAAAUGCAGCAACAGGGAACUCCAAAGUUCCUUAAAUUCCACCAGAGCAGCGUCAGAAGCGUUGCAUUUAGUCCACGGGAUAGAUAUUUGUUCUGCUCUGGUGGAUACGAUGGCAAAGUCAAUCUUUAUUCCGCGCUACGUAUGGAGCUUCUUAUGUGUUACCAGAUUACAAGGAUGACAUUAGCCAAAAAUAUCAAUGCAGUUCGGUUCACUUCUGAUGGCUCCAGGAUACUGGCUGCAACAACCGCACGGAGGCUGGUGGUAGUCGAUGUUGAGAGAGGUGAACAACUCUUGGCAUACGACAACUCCGCUUUCAGUGGCAGAGACAGAACUGGGUUGGCUACCGAUCCAUCCGGGCCAAACAUAGCAGUCGCAGUUUCUGUCAAUGGCAAAGGGCUGACUCUGUUGGACCUGAGGAUGCCUUUACCUCUAGAUUAUAUUCAUGAUCUACAUGGGUCAGUGAUCAGGGAUGUGUGCUUCUUACACUCGUCAUGGCCUUGGCAGAGUUCUAUUCUCACCGGUGGUACCGAUGGUACGUGCAAAGUAUCAUCGCUGGAUGGUCGAGUACUGCAUGCAUUUCAAACUGGCCAUACAGUCAAUUCAGUCUGUGUCACCCCUGAACGAUUCAGUCGAGGUUCUGAAGAUGGAUUUUACAGCUUGAUCAUGAGCGGGGGUGACCUUAUUUCGGCAUACGUACCAGACACUGGGAUACAGGAGCACCUGAAGGAACACAAGGACUUCCCUAUAUGGAAACUUAGGUACACAUCGAACGGAAGUACAUUGUAUUCCGUGUGUGAUGGUGGUAUUUUACGAAAAUACAGACGAUAUCCAGAUCAUCAUGAAUUCCUUGGCGAAGUCUAUCGGCACAAGGGUGACAUUCAGGACUUCGAUUUGUCUUCUUACGACGAAUAUAUAGUGACCGCAUCGAAAGACCGCAGUGUUGGCGUGCUUCUGCUGGGUCCACCUAACCACGGUUUUACCGAAUACAUGGAGCUUACAUGAUGAUAGAAGCGAUCUCAAUCCGUCCUCAAAUUUCUUUUAUUAACGCCUUACACUUUAGCGGUUAUUAUGGUGCAGUUGGAAAUUAUGAAUGUUGAAACUAGUGAAGAUAAGGCAACGAUAAGGAUCCUAGUAUAUUCCAUUUUUAUGAAGGCCUAUCUAUGCAACGACAAUUCGUACAUGUAAUACAUUCGUAACAUUAUACGUAAUGUAACGUAAUGUGACCAUAAGUGUUACGAACUUUUGUUACAUUGCCGCUUUUGUGAAUUUGUCCAAAACUCAAACUUGAUUUCGUCAAUUUCGUACACCUCCAGUAGCAUGACCCAUUUCUCGAGGGAAGCACCGAAAAUUUAUUAUUUGUUGAAUCUGAACACGUAAACUGUGUUAAACUCUUCAUAAUCACACGACCAAUCACAUCUUGUUCAUGUAUUACGAAAUUCGUUAUUGAAUAUCAGUAUCAUUUAUAUUCGGCGAUCAAUAUUGAAAUGCCAAGUUCAGUUUGAAUGAUUUUGUAGAGCUCGUAACUGCAGCAAUAAAUUAAAAUUUUUCAAUUACACCGAUGAUUCGCGAAUGUCGGAAUGAUUCAUCCAAGUUCAAGAAUGAAUACCAUGUUAUGUAACUAGUUUCUUUUUACGUGCUUAUUACGAUAUAUCAUGGUAUAAAAUCAGGACAAUAUAUCGGUUAUUGUUUAUACGUCGAGUAUAGCGGACUGUGAAAAACGUUUAAUGAUUCUUUUUAAUUGAAAGAAUCAUGAGACGCAUGAAGUGAAAACGUUUUAAAAAAGGUGAAGGGUUCCUGUUUUAUCGAUGUGUUCCAAUUAUAUAAAUAUAUCAAACUGUUCAAAAGCAUUUUCAGCAGCGUUACAAAAGCGUUAUAUUUAAGUUUGGAUUGCGGAAUUACGACCGGUUUGACCUAGUUUUAAAUGGUGUUUCUGCAAUCUAGCUUUGAAAUUUAUUACGUGCAUGUAAAUAGUUAUUAAUCCACACAUGAACAAUAAUUUUUACGGACAAAUUACUCAGUGCUACUUAUUUAAAUUAUUGUAAAGCAGAUUUCGUAACUUCACUGCCAGCCGCGGGCACAAUCAAUGAAUCUAAUAGUAAGUCUGAAUAAACUACGGUUAAAACGUAUUUGAUCACGAUUGUGUGAAACGUCAAUACUGUGAACGUGCAUGUAUUUAUGAUGAAUAGAUGCAGAUCACACCGAACUGUCGAAAUUUACCUAAGAAGUCGUAUAAAUAGAUAUUUUAUUUUGUUAAAAUCAUAAUACUGUUAUUAAAAUUAAAGAUGAAAUUUUAUAAAAGUAUACACACAAACACACACACAUAUACAUAUACACGUAUUAUAUACAUUAUAUCUGUUCACAAAAAAUAAGACAUUGAUUCGUACGCAAUAAAAUGAUAACAUGGUA